AUGCCCAUGGAUGCCCAGUCAUUCAAACCCCUUCUAAAGACUCUCGUCGAAACUCCCGAGUACUUCACCCCAAACGACCUCAAACUCGCGCUUAAUCACGUUUUCACGCCAGGUCUCAUCCCAGCAGAGCAGAUCGGGGCGUUCUUGACGGCGCUUCACUUACAGCGCGUUGAGCGUAGGCCAGAAUCGUUGGCAGCAGCAGCAGCGGUGUUAAGGGAACGGGCGUUGAAAGCGGAGGUACUGGAUCCAGGGAACGAUUUUGUGGUUGAUAUAGUUGGGACUGGUGGGGAUGGUUAUAAUCUGUUCAACGUUAGCACUGCUGCUGCUAUCGUCGCAGCUGGCGCGGGCGCUCGUGUCGUGAAGCACGGCAGUCGCGCAUCAACAUCCAUAUCAGGAGCUGCAGAUAUCUUAGAAGCCCUCGGUUGUCCGUUUACCAAGCCAACACCAGGAAUAGUCAACCCCAUCCAACGAAUGCCCUUCUGGUUCAUCCUCGCCCCUCAUUAUCAUCACGCCCUUGCUUAUCUCGCUCCAUAUCGCAAAGCACUCCCCUUCCGAACGAUGUUCAACAUCCUCGGUCCCUUGAUUAACCCCGCCUUUCCACACGGCAUGGUCCUAGGAAUAACAGAACCAGAACUAGGCCUUACCUUCGCACACUCCCUCUUAGAAGCUGGAAUGAAACGUGCUCUGGUCGUCUGUGGUCAAGAAAGAAUAGACGAGAUCAGCUGUGCUGGUCCCACGUAUGCUUGGGAGUUAAAUGAUGGCGAAAUUACGGAGAAAAAGCUACAUCCCGCCAUGUUUGGAUUGGAAACUCAUCCACUGACCAAGGUGACAGGUGGUUCGCCGGUGGAGAACGCUGAUAUACUUAGACGGUUGGUAACGAGUGGGAAGGAUAUUUCGGAAGAGUUGAAGCCGAUGUUGGAUUUUGUGUUGAUCAAUACGUCGGCGCUGCUUGUUGUCGCUGGGAUUGCGAAGGACUAUCAUGAUGGCGUACGGUUGUCGAUGGAGAGCAUAACAUCGGGGAAGGCUUGGGAGGCGUUCGAGACCUUUAAAAAAGCGAGCCUGAGCGCUCAGGCUGCUGCCAGUUCGUGA